AUCGCUCUCAUCUAUCUUCUACUUGAACUCUUCUCAGCUCUUCUAGCUUCGAUCCUCCUGUAGUUCCCAUCCGUUUUAAUACCCAAACCACUUCAAGAUGCCUCCCAAGAAAGCUUCCGUUGGUGCCCCCAAGAAGGCUGCUGCUGCUCCGGCCCAUGUCUCCUACCGUGCUAUGAUCACCAACGCCAUCCAGAAUCUGAAAGAGCGCAAUGGUAGCAGUCGCCAGUCUGUCAAGAAGUACGUGCUGGCCAACAACAAGAUCACCGCCGCCUCCACUCCCGCCUUUGAUAGCCAGUUCAACAAGGCCAUCAAGGCGGGUGUCGAGAAGGGUGAAUUCACCCAGCCCAAGGGCCCCUCGGGACCCGUGAAGCUCGCCCGCAAGGAGUCCGUCGCGAAGCCCGCCGCCAAGAAGACUUCGUCUGUCAAGGCCCCCGCUAAGAAGACCUCGACCGCCAAGAAGGCCGCCGAGAAGCCGGAGAAGGCUGAGAAGCCCAAGACCACCACCAAGAAGGCCACCACCGCCACCAAGAAGACCACCGCCACCAAGGCCAACACCGCGAAGCCCCGCAAGACGUCGGCUCCCGCCGUGGUCGACAAGCCCAAGGUGACGGGAAAGACCAAGUCUGGCCGCGUGACCAAGACGACGGCGAAGCCCGCUUCCGAAAAGACCAAGAAGUCGACAGCCAAGAAGGCCUAACGGUGUUGAUUGAAUCAAUACCUGUUUGACAUUCUCAGCGACCGCUUGAUGUUUUCUUUUGUGGGUUUCGUUUCUCUUGUGAUGUGUGCGCGCUUUGGGUUCUUGGGCUGUAUUCCCUUUCAUUUCUUCGGCUGUAACUUUUUUCUCAUUUGUUUGUUUCCAUCUCCUUGACUAUCUCGAGAGACCAUGUGGUGAAUCUCAGGGAUGAAAGGGGUGUGAUUGUGAUUCUGUUGUUUGGUUUUGUUGCGAUUUGGUCGGGUUGGCGUCUUGUGGUGGAUUUUACUAUGGGGAAUCCUCUUGAUCUUUCUUUUCUUUAAUUCUUAUUCUUUUUGAGUGGAUUUAGGAGCACUGUCCAAGGACGGUUGUCAAUUUGCAAUGAACGCGUUGUCCAUGA